UAUAAAUUUUCAAAGUUACACAUUUUUCCAAAAUUUCAGAAUUUUUUUUUAGGAUAAAAGAUUAAAGUUCGUAUGUCGUAAGAUCGUAAAAACUCAUCAUGUGUGAUCAUUGUGCCAAAAUUACUAGUCGAAAAGGAUAUGCUGGACAAGUAACCUGUCGAUGCAAUGACGCGAAAAAGAGUGAUGUGGUCAGUAAGGAAAAAGACUUCGUUGGAUGUUGCAGCAAAAAAGCGAGAGAAGCAGCCGGAGGUUGCUGUAUGUCUGGUUGUUGCAAACAAACCAAAAAUGGAAAGAGCGAGAGAGACUCGGCAGGUGCGGAUUGUUCCACGCAGAUGAAAGGUACUGCAGAAAGAUGCUGUGCCGAAAAUAGAAAAUAACUUUAGAAGAGACACUUGUGUCGUAAAUUCUAAUCUAAAAGCUUUAAAUAUUUUCUGCCCACAUUUCUGUUCUAUAUAACAUACAUUGCGCGCAAUAUAAAAUAUUUGGAUAAUAAAACUUAAAUCCCUGUAAAAUCAAUUUGCUAUUUAUAAAUUCGAAAUACGCUACAAAUCCAUAAAGCUUAUUAAUUCUA